GCAGUCAUCGUGGCAGCUCCGCAGCACAGCACUGACACCGCCGCACACGUAUAUAGGUAGCGUCGUCGUGAAAAUCUGCGAUGCUGUGUUGAGUUUUCCGCGAUCGGCACCGAUGCGAAAAUAACCCGCUGCCUCGGUCCCGCGGCAGAGCAGAGCAGAGCAGCACAGAGUGGGUAGCCAGCCGCAGAGAGUAGAGGAAAAUUUUCGUCGCUCUCGGGCUGUCGCGCGCGCGUCUCUCUCUCUCUCUCUGUCGGUCAGCAGCAUUUGUGUAUAUUUAUCGCGGCGUCAGUCGAUUGGCGAACGCUGCCGAGUGCGCGAUCCGUCGUACAAGCAGACUUCAGCUCGAGGCUCGCCAAGAGUUGGAAAAUAUGACCACCGGUUGAUCCUACUGCUCCAAAGUGCCCGAAUCGAGACGAGUGCAAGUGUGUAGACUCGUGCCUUGUGCGUCGAGUUCAAAAGCAGCAGCAGCGAGCACAACGAUAAACAUCCCGAUCGACAUAGUUAUGAAGUGAAACUUUGCAGCGUCCCAAAGAUCCAACGCACGCAUUACUCACCCAACUCGGCGUGUCGUACAGGCGGAACCGAAGCCCGUAAUAAAAUAAGAAGAAGACAGGCUCCUGGAACAAUCAUGGGCUCGAAAGUCGAGUACGUCGAGUCGUCGCACAUGUACGCGACGAAUUACAUACGAAAUUCCAAGGCCAUAGCCGUGCUCUGGGGCAUCUUCACCAUCUGCUACGCGAUAAUCGGCGUCGUAGCCUUCAUCACGCCCGAAUGGCUCGGCGAUCUCGAGCACGAGAAUCCCGGCAGAUUCGGCCUCUGGAUGAGAUGCAGCUUCGCCGGCACAGGCGAGCUGGUCGAGGAGUGCGUGGGACGCCUCGACGAGCUGUCGUCGAUCUCGAGCGUACCCUUCAGGGCCAGCACGAUCCUCGUGGCGAUAGCCGUGCUCUUUGCCCUGCUCUCCAUCUGCGCCAUGCUGCUCUUCUUCUUCUGCCAGACACCGACGGUUUUCCUCGUCUGCGGAUGGCUCCAGGUUGUUUCCGCCAUCUGCAUGGGCGUAGGAGUUGGCGUCUAUCCACUCGGGUGGGAUUCACCGGCCGUUCGGGCUAUAUGUGGUGCGGCCGCUGCGAGAUAUAAUCCAGGCGGCUGCGCCAUCAGAUGGGCGAUACCACUGGCGGGUAUAGCGGCCCUCGACGCGGCGACCCUCGCCGCGCUGGCCUUCAUCCUGGCCACGAGGCACGUCAAGCUCCAGGCCGAGCCCAGCUUCAACAACGGAUCGCUUUACAAAGGUGAGCAGUCGUACUAUCCCGACACGAGCAGGGUCCACGCGACCUAUAGCUCGCCCUCGCCCUAUGUACAUUACGAGAGGUACGUCGAUUUGGCGAGGCAACGCCAGAGGGCCGAGCGCCUCAAGCCGCCCCCGCCACAGUCGCCGCAACGUAUCGAUUAUUAUCAACCCUGCUUGGAUCCCGAUCAACCGAGUAUCAUUUAUAGCCCCCUCAACGAGGGCUGGUAUGGCGAAGUGAAUCCAGGCUACGUGAACGAGGCCCAGAGCGUCGCCGGAUCGCGCAAGUCCCUGUCGAUGCGGCCCGUCCUGCUGGUCUCGGGGCCGCCACCGCCGCCUCCCGAGCAGGACCGCUACAGCGAGCUGUCGCGCGGCAAGUCGCACUCGCAUCAUUCGCUGUUCGCCGCCGGGCCUCAUCCCUCGGCCAUGCAUCAUCAUCAUCACACCAACACCCUCAACCACUCGCAGCACAAUUAUCAACUGUGAUGAUCGCGAGGACGAGCAUCUCGCAAAGACUGCAGAUCGUUUGGGAUUGUCGAGCUCUCGGCUUACUCGCGACUUUUCGCGUUAGUGGCCACGCUCUCCUCCCCUAGUUUUUAUUACUGAUAAAUACGUAUUUAUUCGUUGUAUAUUUACAGAAUUCAAUCGUGUAGGAUUCACGAUGCCACUUGUUCAUGUACGAUUACUAACAGUCUGUGUAUUGUGUUGACAAGGGCCUUUGCGCUCGAUCGCGUGACUAAUUUUUGUAAUCGCGCCUAGUUCUUACGUAACUACUUCUCUUUUAGCUUUCCCAAUGAUAUCAGAUAUAAUCGUUCUACGCCGAAAGUGCGACUCUUAAUUGAUUUUCCCCCUCUCCUGCUCGAGAGACUACGCUCGAGAUUACUGGCUGCAGCGGGGAAAAUUGCAAAAGUGCCUACGAAUGAUUGAUGAGCGGUUAUGAGAUAAUCCUUUUAAUCAAAAGCUUUUCACCACACAAAAGUUUGUUGAAAUUUAAAUGUUGAAUUUUAAAUUUGAGAUUUAAAUUUGCAAAAAUUUUUUUGAAAAGUUUCCAAAACUUCGAGCUAAGCACUUUUUGUUGAAAUUUGCCACAACGUGCAUGUCCGUUUGCUCCAAGUCCGCACACGAGACUUGAUAUUAUUUGUAUUUUAUUGAGACUUUGAGUAAAUGAUGUGUUAAGCGCCUGCUUUUUUUUGAGUAUGUGUAUGAUUACAGUUUAUUAUUUUGUAAGUGUAUUUAUUAAUGCAUCAGUGUUAUUCCGUCGAUAUAUAUAUGUAUAUUUAAUAUGUUUACAUAUAAUGUACACAUAUGCACAUAUAUUCAAAUAUACAUAUGAUAUAUUCGAUAAAAUCUGUCAUACAAAUAAGACAAAAGAAAAUAUAAUCGAAAAUUUUGUUUAAAAAAAUGAAAUGACAAACCAA